AUGGCAGGGUUGAUGUUGGCUAUUGACAAACAUGCAUUCAGCACAAUAAACUGUUCAGUGAGCUGUGGGUAUACCAAGGAUCUUGCGAAAACUCGAACCAUUUUGACUCUUUUUGGACUGGGCUCCGGCAAGGCAUACGAUCUAUUAACGCAACAAGAUGGUGAUCACGAUUAUGUGUGUAUAAACAAGGACCAGAUUGAGUACGGCAUCUUACUGUUCCUGCAUCCCCCAGCUAAAAUCAUCAUCAUCUGUGCACUCAAUUCCAUUACGAUGGAUCCUUCUAUCAUGGAACAAAGAUGGGACGAACUCCGUGAUCCCAAACGUGUCUGGGUCGGAGAGCCAGGGAGUCGAGAAGAAGGUUUGGGCCGCCUUGUCCUUCUUACGCCCGAGCGCGUCGCAAAUGCAGCACAGAGCCAGAUCAGGCCAUGUGAGCUGAAGAUGGUGCCUCUGCUAGGCGGUGUAGCAUUUGAUGAUAUUUACGUUAUGAAUCCACAGCAAAGUAGCCAGUGGGAUGGCCUGCGACACUUCUCCAUGCCUCGAGAGGAUGGCAGCGCAGAGCGUGUGUUUUAUGGUGGGACAACCAAGGAAGAGAUUCUGGACCGGUCCAAUGAUAGAAUUGGUAUUCAUCAUUGGGCUCAAGAAGGAAUCACAGGCCGAGGCGUUUUAAUCGACUAUGCAUCGUGGGCAGAGAAAAGAGGUAUCAAGUACACAACAUUUUCUCAACACACCAUAAAACUCGUCGAGAUCUUGGAAAUUGCCAAGGAAUGCAAUAUCACCUUCCAACGUGGCGACAUUCUUCUCGUACGCAUUGGCGUCAUUAAAGAGUGGGAGCAUGAGAUGGAUGUAGCAGCCAAGCAGGCCUACGCCGUCAGCACAAGCCCCAAGCACGCAGGCGUCGAGGGAACAAUGGACAUGCUCAAGUGGGUAUGGAAUACAGGGUUUGCGGCUGUGGCUGGCGAUGCGAUUAGCUGGGAGGUAUAUCCGCCUCUUGAAGGGACAAUCUUGAUGCACGAGUAUAUGCUAGCUGGAUGGGGGAUGCCGAUUGGUGAAUUGUUCGAUCUUGAGAGAUUGGCUGAGACAUGCAAACAACUAAACCGCUGGACGUUUUUCAUGGUUUCGUCGCCUUUCAACAUGAAAGGUGGCAUUUCUUCUCCACCAAAUGCGCAAGCCAUCUUCUAG